AUGAAUGAAAUAUACCGAUCAUUAACAGGCUCAUCGGAAGCUUCACAUACAGAAGAUGGUCUCUCGGGAUGUUUCGAAGAGAAUGAGGACCCCGAAAAGACUCUACUGCCUCACAUGGACACCAAGGCAGGAUCUCGAAGUGUUGGGAAGGAUACUUCAUUGUUGAAGCUCUGCAGUAAAAGGCUAUCUCUAGUGACUUUCCUCAACAUUUCACUCUUUGUCGCCUCUUUCACUUUGUGGCUAUGGCCUGCACCGUUGAGGCAUCCUAUGAAGACCCAGGACUAUUGGAAAAGAACCUCUUUUUACUCGCCGAUACUUGAGCGCUUCGAUAUACCAAAAAUCAGCAGAGUGACGAACGGCACCUUAUAUGACACGAAUCCGCCGUCAGUCUUUCGCCAGCGAAUUGGCAAAGAAGCCGAUAAGGAGUGGCAUCGUAUCGGUGACCAUGUCUGGCCUCUCGUCAUUGGGGAAGCGGAUGUGAGGCAACUUGGAAAGGACCCACGAGUCGCUGUUAAGAUUCCAGAAGAUCUAGGCUACGGUUCAGGUGCAUAUAUUGCGCAAACAGAAGUUUUCCAUCACCUCCACUGCUUGGAUAUGUUGCGCAGGGAAGUAUCAUACGAGCAUUACUAUGAGCCCAAGGAGGGACCUAGGCCAGGAGGAGCUCAACAUCAAGCCCACAUCGGCCACUGUUUCGAUAUCCUUGCCCAAGCAAUCAAGUGCACCGGGUCGGUGGACAUGAUAACUUUCAACUGGGUUGAAAAUUGGGAGCAACCAUUCCCAGAUUUUAUGAAUCACAAAGUGUGCCGUGACUUUGACGCCUUAUUGGGCUGGGUCAAUGAGAACUCCAUGGACCCGAAGGUCUUUCAACAAAUGAAAGCGCCUCCGCCUGGGUGGCCUGUCAUGCCAGAGCCAGGCCCGGCAUCGUGA